GCUCCGACUGCCCCGGUGGCCGGCCUCUGCCCCUCCGCCCGCCGUCGCCGCCGGGAGGUGCUGCCGCCGUCGCCGCCGCGCGUCUGAGUCGCAGAUCCUUGCUGGCACAUUACAGCAUUUUUGGUGAACCUCCGUUAAGAAUUCAGAGACACUGCUGAUUGACCACUGAAAGAAGGAUCUCAUAUUAAAGCUUGCGCGUGUUCUAUCCAUCAUAUCAGAACAAUGUCCUACGUUUUUGUAAACGAUUCUUCUCAGACUAACGUGCCCUUGCUCCAAGCCUGUAUUGAUGGAGACUUUAACUAUUCCAAGUGGCUUCUGGAAAGUGGCUUUGACCCAAAUAUUCGUGACAGCAGGGGCAGAACAGGCCUUCACCUGGCAGCAGCCCGCGGGAAUGUAGACAUCUGCCAGUUAUUGCAUAAAUUUGGUGCUGAUCUUCUGGCCACAGAUUAUCAAGGAAACACAGCUCUUCACCUUUGUGGCCAUGUGGAUACUAUUCAAUUUUUAGUUUCCAAUGGACUCAAAAUUGAUAUUUGCAAUCAUCAAGGUGCUACCCCCUUAGUUCUAGCAAAACGCAGGGGUGUGAAUAAAGAUGUCAUCCGACUACUGGAAUCUUUGGAAGAACAAGAGGUAAAAGGAUUUAACAGAGGAACCCACUCAAAACUGGAGACCAUGCAGACAGCUGAGAGUGAAAGUGCCAUGGAAAGCCAUUCUCUUCUCAAUCCCAACCUACAGCAAGGUGAAGGAGUCCUUUCCAGCUUUCGAACCACGUGGCAGGAGUUUGUAGAGGAUCUGGGCUUCUGGAGGGUCUUGCUCUUGAUCUUCGUCAUUGCUUUGAUGUCUCUUGGCAUUGCCUACUAUCACAACCAGACUGCCCCACAGCCCAAGGCGUAAGGGGUCUACAUUCAUCUGGCAACAGAGGUUUGUCCACAAACCAGGUAGGUGUCAAGGACUAGAGUCUGGAAUUCCUCAUUACCCAGUAUUCAUUAAAAACUUAGCUGAUAGCAAUAUUUAGAGUAUUGCUUGGAGGAUGUUUUAGAGCAGCACUGUCCAAUCAAACUCUGCAGCGAUGAAAAUUUUCCGUAUCCGUGCUGCCUAGUGCAGUAGCCGCUUGCCACCUGUGGCUAUUUAAAUUAAUUUAAAUUAGAAAUUCCAUUCUUUAUUGCAUUAGCCACAUUUCUAGUGCUCAGUAGCCACAAGUACCUAUUGUAUUGGGCAGUGCAGAUCUAGAACCUUUAUGGUUUUUUAGAACAGUGGACCACACUGUUCUAGAAUCUACUUUGGGUUCUAGUCAGGUCAGUGUAGAGCUAGGUACUUGAACUGUGUUAUGGCAGUGCACACCCCGAUUGUUCUUACUGAGGUCUUCAUUAAUAAGUGGUAACACUAUACAGUGCUUAUUAACUCAAUGUUUGCAAAUGCUAUUAUUGCCCCCCCCACACAGCAUUUGAAUAACAUGCCCAGGGUCACACAGCUAAUAAGUGGCAGAGCUGGGGUUUGAACUCAGGCAGUAUGGGACUGAAGUCUCUUCUCACCAUUACUCUGUGACGCCAUCAUCUUGAAGUGAAAAUUGUUUCCUACCCCAUGGACCCAUCCAUUGCAUCUAUUCUGAGGAAAGUUACAGAGGAUGCUGUUGGCACAAUUGUUUAUGAAGACUCCUGAGGAGGAACUUUUGCUUCUUACUAGCACAAACUACUACAUUUCUGCUGAGCAGUUACUUUGCUUUCAUUUUAUUUUCUCUAGAAACUGUAUAAUUAAUUGGGUAGAAUUCCUCUUUCUCAUUGGAUGCCAAAAAGUUUAAUGCCAAACUUGGGUUCCACCAGAAGCAAUUGUAAUAUAGGUCAUUACGAUGGUUUAUUAGAACUUCAUUCUGUAGUUUUAUUUUCAUCUGUAGUUUUAUUUUCCUGUUCUAAAUGUUCACUUUUCACUUAUGCUAUCCUGUAUUAUUGAGGCCCCUUUAGGUUGUUUUUAGAUUAUGAUGGGGGAUGUAUAGUUAGACAGUUAUUAGUAUGAAUUGACAGGACUACCACAAAGCUACCUGUUGAUUUCUGGAACAUAACAGAAAAUGUAUUGACCUUCUGGAAUAGCAAACAAUACUUUGUUGCCUCCUAUUCAGAAUGUAAUUAUGGUUUCUGGCAUACAUGAAAAUGUCAAGUUUACCUUAUUUAUGUGUCUUUCUUUGUUCCCAAAAAGGAUUUAAGUUCAGCUGAAUAAGCAGAUAUUAUUCUAAACUGGAAAUCAUAUGUCCUAGGUUGUUCUAGCAUCCUGAUGAAUCAUUUGAAUGAAGGCUGAAAAAUGAACAUUAACAAGUUACUGUAAUCAUAAAAUUUUAGAGAAGGGAAGAAUUAGAAGUCAUCUGGGUGGGGGGAUGGGGAGUCCAAGAGGGACCGGGUGACUGUGGCCCUGCCAUCAGGCAAGGAGCAGGACUGUUAUUUGAAUCCAGACAUAGUCCAUUGCUCUUACUUCUUCCAUGCUGCCCUGACUCACACACCGUUGUUGCCCCUCACCCCAAUGUGCUAUUCUAAAUGUUAUAUAAAAAUACAAGUGUCUGGUGCUAGAUGCACAAAGAUUGACUUUCUUGCCAUUAUGUUCUCUGUAAUAGCUAAGCAAAAUACUGACUGACCUUUUUAAGUUGGAAUAGCAUCACAAACCAAGGAUGUAUUAAUGAUCUACCAUCUUUUUCUGCCGCCCAGGCUGGAAUGCAGUGGGAUGAUCAUAGCUCACUGCAGCCUCCAACUCCUGGGCUCAAGCAAUCCU